CUGUCUAUCUUUUUUUUAUCCUCUUUUUUUUUACAUAUAUAUAUUUAUUUAUUACUAAGUGAAAAAAUUUUUGAUACAAAUCUGUUAAAGAGAUAUAGCAAUCGGGAAACUUCUAAUGAUAUCUUUGAUCGCUAUGAAACGGAACUGAAAAAAAUUUUAAAAUUAACCGAUAACUUAGAAUGGGAUUUAUGGGGUGCACUUUACUAUGUUGGAACCGUUUAUACUACAAUUGGUUACGGCAACAUAUACCCACAUACUGUAUUAGGGAAAUUUUUCACAGUUAUCUAUGCAUUGGUUGGUAUUCCGUUAGUGCUGGCUAUUCUUAGUCAGUCUGGUCAAACGCUAUCUAGAUACCGUUUUGGAUCAACAAAAAGUAAAAACGUGAAGAACGUACUUAAACGGCGAUCAUUAUUCGAUACCGCACCUAGAAACCCGAGGACAAUUCCAAUUUGGGUUGCUUUAGUAAUAUGCUUCGCAUGGAUAUGCUCAUGUGCUGGGAUAUUUUGUAUAUGGGAAAAAAAUUGGACAUAUUAUGAUUCAUUAUACUUUUUUUUCGUUUCCUUAUCAACUAUCGGUCUCGGUGACGUAGUACCAGAACACCCACAUAUUCUUAUUGUUAUGUUUUUGUUAGUUAUUGCUGGACUGUCGUUAGUUUCAAUGUUACUUAGCAUAUUGCAAAUUAAAAUUGAAGAAUUCCUACUCCGGCUUGCUCUCAAACUGCGGGUAUUGUUUAUCUUAUAUAUUUCGAAUACUGCAAGAACUUUUUUUAAAUUAUAUUUUGAGUGUUCACCGACAAAAAUACAAUUUUUUUGUACUACCUGUCAAGGUCCGAAGUUACUGAGAUCAACAGCUGUAGGAGGUGGUAGUAUCAGAAAACCAAAAAUAACACUUGUGGAUGAAAGCCAGCAGUUUGAUGCUCAAGAUGCAGUAGAUCAUUCUGUUCAGACUGACAUUGCGCAGUUUGAGCUCGAUGAAAUUAAAUUAAAACUUCUUAAUUUGCAGCAGUAUUUGAGAAUAAUUAGAAGAUUUUUAUCUAAUAUUAAUGAUAAACUAGUUCAGGAUUUGAUUGUUCAAACUGAUGACUCUUAUCUCAAAAUAGCCCGCCGGUUGGAAGAAAUUCGUUCGAUAAAAACUGCUGGCUUACCUGUUUAUGCAGCAGAUCCAAAAUUAGUUUCCACUUCUGUUAAUUUCGAUGAGGUACUGAAUUUAAAGACUUUUUUUAGAAUGAUGAACAAGAGUCUACCGGUUAAAAAUCGGGUUCCUAAAAAAAGAAGGGAAGCAAACAGUUCGGUUGUGGAGAACAAAGAAAAUGGUCGAACACGUGAAGUCCGAAAUGCUUCAAACAGACAACAAAACUUAUUUUUAUCCACGUCUCCCAAUUCUAAUCCUAAUGUAAGUCUAUAUUUUAUAUCUUUUUUAACAAAGUAUGUAAAAUACAGCACUUAUUAA